AGAAAUGAUAUGGUUGAGUACUUUGGAGAACAACUCUCUGGUUUUGCUUUCACCGUCAAUGGUUGGGUGCAAUCUUACGGAUCUCGGUGCGUGAAGCCACCGGUCAUCUACGGUGACGUGAGCCGUCCCAAGCCAAUGACGGUCUUCUGGUCCUCCACCGCUCAGAGCAUGACUUCUCGUCCAAUGAAAGGAAUGCUUACAGGUCCUGUCACUAUCCUCAACUGGUCCUUUGUCAGAAACGAUCAACCAAGGCACGAAACCUGCUACCAGAUCGCCUUGGCCAUCAAGGAUGAAGUGGAGGAUCUCGAGAAGGCCGGGAUCAACGUGAUUCAGAUCGACGAAGCCGCUCUUAGAGAAGGGCUGCCGCUCAGGAAAUCCGAGCAAGCCUUCUACUUAGACUGGGCU